AUGUUGCCCAGAAGCAUAUUUACCCUUCUUGCGGUCCUAAGUUUGGCAUCUGCUCACAUUGUCAUCACCUACCCAGGAUGGAGAGGUGAUAAUCUACAUUCCGUUGGCACGGUAGAAGAGACAAAUGGCCUGGGGACCUUCGACAAUAAUAAUGAAACACUGUUUCCCUACGGCAUGCAAUGGAUGUACCCUUGCGGUGGAAUGCCAACUUCGCAAAACCGCACCAAAUGGCCAAUUCGGGGUGGUGGUGUCGCAUUCCAACCAGGUUGGUUCACUGGUCACGGAACUGCUUUCAUCUUUAUCAACCUGGGUCUCGGUACAAUCCCGCAAAACAUGUCACUUUCCAUGCUCAAUGGUGUUCAAAUUAUCGGACCUUCCAGAGACCCCUAUCCUGGCACCUUCUGCUUCCCGCAAGUCCCGCUCCCUGCGAACACAACGGUAAAAGUGGGCGACAAUGCCACCAUUCAAGUCAUCGAGUUGGCUGUCCAUGGUGCUGCACUGUAUAGUUGUGUCGACAUUACAUUUGCUGAACCAGAAGAUGUGGAACAACUCACUCCGGAUAAUUGCUUCAACUCUUCUCAGCUCAGCAGUGCGCUUGUCUUUACCACCACAUCAUUAACCGAAGAAUCCGCAGCCAGUGGCCUAUCAACAAACCCAAUGACAUAUUUCACCACCAUGGCAAUCGUCCUACUUGGCUUGAUGUUUCUGUGA